AGAUCGGCUGCCAGUCGCUCGCAGUGUGUGUGUGUGAUGUCCCGGUGCCCUGGCUGUAUCCAACACAGCGGGGGAGGACAAGGCGAAAGGGAAUCGGGAGAAGUGGCAGGCAGCCUGGCUCAGCCGGCAGCCUGAGAAAGCAGAGACAGCAAGGUUUGACAGUAGCAGCAGAGGGAGAAGAGGAGAGCAUUUCCUGAGCCGCAUUUCUCCCCAAGUCAAUGGAGCUGGAGAAUAUAGUCGCUAACACGGUCUUGUUAAAAGCCAGAGAAGGUGGUGGAGGAAAGCGCAAGGGUAAAAGUAAAAAGUGGAAAGAAAUAUUGAGGUUUCCUCAUGUGAGCCAAUGUGAAGAUCAAAGGAAAUCAAUAGAGAGAGACUAUUCCAGCCUAUGUGAGAAGCAGCCAAUUGGAAGACUACUUUUUCGUCAGUUCUGUGAAGCACAGCCUGAACUUCAGCACUACAUCAACUUUCUUGACUUAGUGGCGGAGUAUGAAGUUAUGCCAGAUGAAAAACGUGAGGAAAAAGGACAAGAAAUGAUCAGUAAAUACCUCACCCCAGAGUCCCCAGGAUAUAUACGAGAAGUCAGCGAGGAUAUUGUCCAGCAAUGUAAAGAAAAACUUGAAAUGAGUGCGUGCAAAGAGCUCUUCUGUAACUGUGUAAAGUCAGUGCAUGAUUAUCUCAGUGGACAGCCAUUUAAUGAAUACCAGGAAAGCAUGUAUUUUGAUCGCUUUCUCCAGUGGAAGUGGCUGGAAAGACAAGCUGUAACAAAAAACACAUUUCGGCAAUAUCGAGUGCUGGGAAAAGGUGGUUUUGGUGAGGUCUGUGCUUGUCAAGUGCGAGCCACAGGAAAAAUGUAUGCUUGUAAGAAGUUAGAGAAAAAGCGAAUAAAAAAACGAAAAGGAGAGGCAAUGGCUUUAAAUGAAAAGCAGAUUUUAGAAAAAGUGAACAGUAGAUUUGUAGUUAAUUUAGCUUAUGCUUAUGAAACAAAGGACGCAUUGUGCUUAGUUCUGACUUUAAUGAAUGGGGGUGACUUGAAGUUCCACAUCUAUAACAUGGGAAACCCAGGAUUUGAAGAAGAGCGAGCUGUAUUUUACGCAGCUGAGAUCUGCUGUGGACUGGGGGAUCUCCAUAAGGAAAACAUUGUUUACAGAGAUUUGAAACCUGAAAACAUAUUAUUAGAUGAUUAUGGUCACAUUAGGAUAUCUGAUCUGGGUUUAGCUGUGAAAAUUCCAGAAGGGGAGACAAUCCGUGGCAGGGUGGGAACAGUAGGAUAUAUGGCUCCAGAAGUAUUAAAUAAUCAGCGAUAUACAUUGAGCCCUGAUAUCUGGGGUCUGGGAUGCUUAAUCUAUGAAAUGAUUGCUGGUCAGUCUCCAUUUAGAGGACGAAAGGAGAAGGUGAAAAGGGAGGAAGUAGACAGACGAGUGUUGGAAACAGAAGAAAAUUACACAGACAAGUUCUCUGAAGAGGCAAAAUCUAUCUGCAAGAUGUUGCUAACCAAAGACCCCAAGCAAAGAUUGGGCUGUGCAGGAGGAGGUGCUUCCGAUGUGAAGAAAAACCCAUUCUUCAGGAAUAUCAAUUUCAAACGAUUAGAAGCAGGCAUAAUGGAGCCUCCAUUUGUACCUGAUCCACGAGCGGUCUAUUGCAAAGACGUGCUGGAUAUUGAACAGUUCUCCACUGUGAAAGGAGUAAACCUGGACCAGACAGAUGAUGAUUUUUAUUCAAAGUUUUCAACAGGCUGUGUUUCUAUUCCCUGGCAGAAUGAGAUGAUUGAAACAGAAUGUUUUAAAGAAUUAAAUGUGUUUGGUCCAAAUGGAAGCUUAUCUCAAGACCUUGACAGGAGCUACACCCCUGAACCACCCAAAAAGAGUUUUCUUCAAAGGUUAUUCCGGAGGCAGAAUCAUCAUAAUCAUUCAAACAGCACUACAAAUGUGAAGGCCCAUUCCAAUCAUCACAUGAAUUGCCAUCCAGCUAAUUCAAACUCUGGAGGAAAUAGCUAGUCCUCAGCUCAUCGUUCGUGUGGUGAUUCUUUGUAUUCUUCAGCUUUUCCCAUUUUCUGGAACUAUUUAGCGGAAAAGCACCAGUUCCUGGUAGGGUAUUCAUUCCACACGACAGAGCCGCUCCAUUUUUGUUGGUCUAGCUGCCUCACUUCCUCUCAGGUCUGUCUUGCAGGUUGGGAUCAUGACAUUUGAAACAAGAUGGUGUCUCCUUAGAAUAUUGCAAUAGCAAAUCAAUGAAAAUGGCUACUUGCACGUAUUUAAAUAUAGCAUUAUACCAGAACUGUAUUUUGUCUUUAUUAAAAAAAAGGAGGUUUUGUAAAUUUCUCUAUAACUGUCUCAGUUUACAUUUUGUACAUUUGUAUUUAAAAGUAAGUCAGAAUCAGGAUGUAUAUUUUCUGCCCAGCAGCUGUAAAGCCAUGUGCUGAUUCCACCAAUGAACAUCUUAUGUAUUUUUAUGAAUUGUGAUUUAAGACUUCCUCAGCAUUUAACAAUGAAAGAGAACUUUUUAAAUCUGCAAUAGAACAGUUUUUCAUAUUCUUUUGCCAUAUCUGCAGUUAUUUUAUAUUUUUGUAGUUUGUCUUACCCUGAAAUUUUAUUAAAUGUUGCUUUCAUUUGUAUUGCUUUUUAUUUCAUUUUUAUUUAACAAGUACAUCUUUCCUAUGAUUUCUCUGCAAGGGACUUUUUAAUCAGAGUGAAUGUAUUUUACAAUUUUUAAGGAGCUUUUCAUAGCAUGUAAAAUAUUCAACAGGGUUUUCAAAGUGAAAAUGCAAAUUUGAUGGGGAAAAGAACCUACUUAUGACAUAACUAAAAGUGAAUUUGGUUGAACCCUUAUACCACCUAAACAUGUCAUUUACCUUGGGCUAGUUGGAAUAACAUCUUAUUUACUUGUUAAGUGUUGUGAUCUGUAUGAAACUAGUCUCAUGGAAUUUUAGAUAAUAGUAGGGAAAUGUGGCAAUUUGGGCACUGGAGAAUUCGAAUAAUGAGACGUGCUGUUGAAUUGGAUUGUUAACUGGAAAGGAAUCUUAAUUUGGUGUGGCUUUUCAGUCCUGGCCCAGCUACUGGGAGGGGCAGUGAUCAACCAGAAGUAAGGAUUAUCCCUUUGAGGGGAGUUGAAAUGGACAGCCAUUCUCAGUGAUUCUUGUACAUCUAUUGAUAGAUGUAUUGACAGAGCUAUGGAUUCACAUUUACUUUGGAUGAUGAUCUAAAAGCUGAUUAUUUAGAAAGAAAAUAACGUGCAAAGGUGUUUCAGACACUUGCAGCCACCAGCACCUCCCCUGUCCCCUCAAUCUCUCUGGCUCACUUCCACUGCCCUAUCUAUGUAUGUUGUGGAUAGAAGAAUAUAUGGACCAAAAUUAAUUGAUAUUCAUCAGUGUUAUCAAUAGACAAGUCUGUAAGCUCCACUGGACUUAAGGAUGUGUUUCAGACUUACCAAUACCCAUGCCUCUUUGGUUUUACAUAAUGUACGUUUUGUGUCCUUAAUCCCUCCUAGGGGUUUUGCAGUUAAACAUUUUAGUGCAUACCCUCUACCAAAAUUGAUGAUUAUUUGCACUCAUAGAAAAGGCUGCACAGCAGUAGGAGGAUGUGUUGACAAAUGAUGCUACCUUUUAGAGAAAAAUAUACAAAUGGUGAAUUAUAGAGUAAAAUUAAAGCUGAAACUAAUAAUUCGAAAGUUUUUUUCACUCCUCAAUUCUGGGCACAUUUAUUUUCAUAAUCUUUAUGUAUAGUUCAAAUAUCGUCUGGUCAUUUAUAAAGGUGAAGAUUGUACAGUCAGGUGUGGUGUAAGGGUUAACUCUACCAAUGUGACCGUCUACUAACGUCCACAAACAUUAGAUGAAUAAACAUUUACCUUGAUGAUAUUAUUUUGUAUACAGUCAAUUCCUGUUAACUGAAUAAGUAUUGAUUGUAAUUGUAUUCAAUUUUUUUAAGUUUACGGUAGAUCUUAGUAAGAAUCUUCAGCAGGUCAUAUCCCAUGUGUAAUGUCAUCAUAAUGGGAGAUGUUCUGAAAUCAAACCAGUUUUCCAUUCUGUUUAAUUUUCUGUAAUUUAUGGAAUGAACAGUAAUGUUUCACUACAAUUAAUUGAGUUGUAUUGUUGGGUAACAGAUAUUAUAAUAUUCACUUAACAGGAAUUUACAACUUUCAUUAAUAAAAUAAAAAUAGAAGUUAGAAAAUUCUU